UAUGGCAGAAGAAUAAGUUGUCACUGUGAAAUUUGCCAAUUAACCAAAACUUUUUGGAAAAUGGGAUUAUGAUGAAGUUUAAGUAACAGACUAAUGUUUCAAAGACUAUAUUGCAGUUUAAACUUCUAAAUCAAGAGUCUUUGUUCCACAUACAGCUGGAAGGUAUUAGAUCUAAAAUAUAUAUUUAGAUAUUAACGCAAGAAGUUUAGAAAGGCUUAAUGUCCAAUUGUUGAGAGAUUAGCUGGUGCUCUUAUGUUCCAUGGUCGUAAUACUGGAAAAAAGGUUAAGGCUGUAGCAAUUAUCAGACAUGCUUUUGAAAUUGUUCACUUACUUACAGGCAAGAAUCCUCUUUCAGUUUUAUCUUUGGCUGUCCAAAGAGGAGGAGCAAGAGAAGAUUUUACCAAAGUUGGAACAGGUGGUGUUGCUAAAUAAUAAGCUGUUGAUGUUGCUCCUAUUAGAAGAGUCAAUGAAGUAUUAAGACAUAAUAUUUAAGGCUGUUCAUAAUUUGGCUAAGGGAGUUAGAGAAUCAGUGUUUAAAAAGAUGAAGACAAUUGCAGAAGCACUUGCUGAUGAACUUAUUGCUGCUGCCAAUGAAGAUGGAUAAAAAUCAUACACAAUUAAAAAGAGAGAUGAACUUGAAAAAGUAGCAAAAACAAAUCGUUGAU